CCCUCUCCUCUGCUCUGCUGGUGUUCGGGAUAACGCUGCUCAACAGGACGUAUCUGCUGGACGGGUCGUGUAUGGUGGAAGAGUCUGGAACGCUGGAGUCGCAGCUGGAGGCCACCAAGCGCAAACAUCAGGAGAUCCGGGCGAUGCGCAGUCAGCUAAAGAAGAUCGAGGAUUUGGGUGCAGCGAUGGAGGAAGCGCUGAUCUUGGACAACAAGUACACGGAGCACAGCACAGUGGGUCUGGCUCAGCAGUGGGACCAACUGGACCAACUGGGAAUGAGGAUGCAACACAACCUGGAGCAGCAGAUACAGGCCAGAAACACCACAGGAGUGACCGAGGAGGCUCUGAAGGAGUUCAGCAUGAUGUUCAAGCACUUCGACAAAGAGAAGUCCGGUCGUCUGAACCACCAGGAGUUCAAGUCGUGUCUGCGCUCGCUGGGCUACGACCUGCCCAUGGUGGAAGAGGGAGAGCCUGAUCCUGAGUUCGAGGCCAUACUCGACACCGUGGAUCCAAACAGGGACGGGAACGUGUCGUUGCAGGAGUACAUGGCGUUCAUGAUCAGCCGCGAGACAGAGAAUGUGAAGUCCAGUGAGGAGAUCGAGAGCGCGUUCCGAGCUCUGAGCACCGAGAACAAACCCUACGUCACUAAAGAAGAGUUGUAUCAGAACCUGAGCAAGGAGCAGGCCGACUACUGCCUCUCACACAUGAAGCCCUACCUCGACAGCAAGGGCCGCGAGCUGCCGUCAGCUUUCGACUUUGUGGAAUUCACCCGCUCGCUCUUCGUCAACUGAUCCCUCACCCGCCAGUGACCAAUCGGGACGCGUUUUCCCAAACACACACACGCUUCAACACGAACACAGCUGAAACUGCAUGAUUGUGGCACGAGGAAUCCUCACUGAUAACAACCGUCUGUAUUUAUCUCGCUCUAACGUUGUGCUUCUCAUGAUAGCAUAGUGACUGUCUGCAUUUGAAUGUGAUUGUUUUAGCUGUUUUAGCUCUCAAUGAAUUUAAGAACCUAAUCGUAAGAAUAAUAUAACAACAACCUGACCACUGCAGUGUGCUUUAAUAAACGCUACUGGUUACAACUGGAAA